AAUUUUAUAGGUUAUGUUUUGAUCGCGAAGUCGUGUUUGGGAAACUUAGUUUUAUCAAUAAGAAUAAUUAUUUACGAGCAUAGAAUGUAGCUAAAGGGGUAUUUUACCAUAAAGGGAAGUUACAAAUGCAUUUAAGAAAAAUGUGGCCGCGGUAUUUGUUAUGGUUCGCUCAAGAACACGUCGAUUUUCGACAUGCCGAAAUGCAAAGUUUGCUGUCCAUGUUCAAUAUCCCCAUCAGAUAUGUAGAAAAACCAUGUGAAGUAAAACCAUACUGGGUGGUCGAAGUGCCUUCGGAAGAGUGCGUCAGAAAACUUGCGUCGCGAUCUGUGUUGCUUAAAAAUUGUAUAGAAUUAUGGUCGAGGGCCAAAACCGAGGCACAGCUGCACCAGAACUUGAAGCGAGCCAUGCAGAACAGCACAGACCAGUGGAUUACCCCGAAGUCCGAGAAUGGAGUGUGUGAUCAAGAUGUUUGCCCAAGUGGCUUGAUAGAAGCGUGUCGACCGGUGGACAAGUCUUUUAAAGUGGAAGUUGAGACCUUCUGCAAGCAUUUCAGCAUGAAGGAAAAAGUUGAGAAGAUAGAGAAAUUUGAUUACUUAGCAUUUGAAGGUCCAGUGAAGUUGAAGAAGCCCGACACCGUGCUGAGUUACAUAGAGUUCUACGGGCUGGAGCCCAACAACGUGCCCGACGAGCCCGAGGACUUGUUCUUUGGCAGAUGGGUAGCGGACGGGCAGCGUGAGGUGAUCCAGCAGCACUCGCUGAAGAAGCGCACGUUCAUCGGCAACACCAGCAUGGACCCCGCGCUGGCACUGCUGGCCGCCAACCAGGCGCAGCUGCAGGACGGGGACAUCGCGCUCGACCCCUUCGUCGGCUCGGGCUCUCUGCUGGUGGCCGCUGCUCACUUCGGAGCGUACGUGUGCGGGACGGACAUCGACUUCCUCAUGCUGCACGGAAGGACGCGGCCCACGCGCGUCGGACAAAAGGUGCGUAAGAAAGAGGAGAGCAUCCGCGCCAACAUGGUGCAGUACGGCUACGGCGCGCGCUUCCUCGACGUGGUGGUGAGCGACUCGUCGCGCCCGCUGUGGCGCCGCGGCCGCGCCCCCGCCAUGGACGCGCUCCUCACCGACCCUCCAUACGGCAUCCGCGAGCCGACGGAGCGCGUGGGCAUCGAGCGGGAGAGCUACAGCCUGCCGGCGGCGCAGCGGGCGCAGCACGUGCCCGCCAAGCUGCCGUACGCGCUGGCGCAGCUCUACCGCGACCUGCUCGCCGCCGCCGCCGCGCUGCUGGCGCCCGGCCGCCGCCUCGUCGCCUGGUACCCGCUGCUCAGAGCGGAGUACAGCCCGGAGCAGCUGCCGUCGCACCCGUGCCUCGAGCUGGUGGCCAACUCCGAGCAGGUGCUGUCUCGGCUCACGGCCAGGAGGUUGCUCACUUACGAGAAGAUACGAGAGCCGGACGGGGACGAGGCGGCCGACGGCGGCGCGCACAACUUCAGGGAGAAGUACUUCAACUCGGGCGAGGAGACGCGGCGCGCGCGCAAGGAGCGCCGCGCGCGGGAGCUGGCCGCCUACUUGCGCCAGAAGGAGAUUCAAAACGCACAACUCACUUAACUACUUUAUUCAUCAAUUAUAUAUAUUGUACAAUAUACCCUUACCUAAGUAUAAUAUUAAUAUUA